AUGGCUAUCAGAAAGCGCUUCAUGAACCCUUUUGCGCGCUCGGAAUCCGUUGAGCAAACGCCGGCCGACGCGCACGACAUCGAAAGCCCCGAUUCCAAGCCUCCGUUUGAAAAAACACAGGAGACCGAUCGGGCUUCGUCUGAUGGAGAAGUCAUUGACGAAACUGCCCAGGCCGGUACCCAGAAGGCCCAGGCGAGUACCCAGGCCUGGACAAGGAAUACUUUGAUCGCAGCCUAUAUCCUUGUGUGGAUCGUCAACUUCCUGGAGUACUUCAGUUCCGGACUGCUGGGCUCUCUAUCGCCUUACAUCUACAGUAGCUUCCAACUCCACUCUUUGACCGGUCUGACGACCGUCAUCGCCUCGAUGGUAUCCGCACUGAUCAAAUUCCCUUACGCAAAGCUCAUGGAUAUCUGGGGACGGCCGCAAGCUUUCGCGCUCGGCGUGGGAUUCUUGACUCUGGGCCUUGUCAUGAUGGCCGCUUGCAAGAAUGUGCAAACAUACUGUGCGGCCCAGGUGUUCUACCAGACUGGUUUCAGCAUGAUUGACUUCUCCAUGACGAUUUUCAUCGCCGAUACGACAGCGCUGAAGAACCGUGCGUUCUGGAUCGCUUAUGCUGCUUCCCCCUACCUCAUCACCCCGUGGAUCUACGGUUACGCUGCAGAUGAGAUCCUGGCGCCCGGCGGUAUUGGCUACCGAUGGGGCUUUGGUGUCUUCGCCAUCAUUAUGCCGAUUGUCAGCGCCCCGCUCUGGGGUUUGUGGUACUAUAUCCAGAAGAAGGCCGAGAAGAUGGAUUUGACAGAGAAGAAGCCCAGCGGACGCAGCUUCUUUCAAUCGGUGGUCUUCUAUUGCAUCGAAUUUGAUGUUAUUGGCUUGCUCAUCAUCGCCACUGGCUUCUCGCUGUUCCUUCUGUCGUUCAACCUAUACUCCUACCAGCCUGGACAGUGGGCUUCCCCGAUGAUCAUAUGUUUCGUUGUCUUUGGUGUCGUGCUGAUCGCUUCUUUUGUCAUCUGGGAAAAGUAUUUUGCCCCCGUGAAGUUCAUGCCGUGGGAGCUCAUCCAAAACCGCACCGUCUUCUUCACAUACUCUAUGGUUGUGUCCCUGUACCUUGCAUGGUACAUCUGGGACAACUACUUCUACUCUCUGCUGCAAGUGCUGUUCUACCAGACCGUCCAAGAAGCCACAUACAUCUCAAACAUCUACACCAUCGGCUCUUGUUUCUGGUGUCUGGUUUUCGGUGCCAUCCUCCGCUACAAUGGUCGACUCAAGCUAUGGGCUAUCUGCUUCGGUGUUCCACUGACUAUUCUGGGAGUCGGCCUCAUGAUCAAGUUCCGCCAGCCAGAUGGCAACAUCGGCUACAUCGUGAUGUGCCAAAUUUUCGUCGCGUUUGGCGGCGGCACGCUCGUCAUCUGCGAGCAAAUGACCGUGAUGGCUGUGUCUGCCCAAAAGAAUAUUCCUGCCAUCUUGGCCAUUGAGGGCGUUGUUGCCAAUAUCGGUAGCGCACUCGGUGGUACUGUUGCUGUCGCCAUGUGGACUGGAAUCUUCCCCGUCAAACUGAAGGCUUACCUUCCUGAUUCUGCACAGGCAAACUUCGCAAGCAUAUACGGUCAAUUGGACGUUCAGCAAUCUUACGCCAAAGGGUCAGCUACUCGUGAUGCCAUUGAUCAUGCCUAUGGCGACACUCAGCGACUUAUGCUCAUCACCGCUACGUGUCUUUACCUGAUCACUUGGACUUCUUGCUUCUUCUGGAAGGAUCUCAAUGUCAAGAAGAUGAAGCAGCAGGUGCACGGCGUUCACUUCUGA